CAGCUCACAUGGAACAAUCCGCAUGCACGUUUCACGGUGUAUGCCCAGAAAACGUGACCAAGUCACCUUUUUUGCAAGUGGCCAAGUGAUUUGCGUGAUGAUAAACAAAUUCUGCACGUGAAGAAAUGUUAUUGUUUACAGCUGCGGACCAAUCACAAGGGGUUUUGAUAACUCCCGGCAGCCUCAGUUUUUAGCGCGGAUGAUGCACUCGCUCGCAAAUCUUUUCCCGGCACGUGAAAUAAACAAGGAAUUGAGGAAAACGGUUAGAGGAAACGGCUUGUGGAAGAAGCGCGAGUUAAAUUAAAAGCUUAGAUCAAUUCCAAAAGAGAAGAGCACAAACGUAACUGAUUCAGUUGAAUGUAGAGAUCAGCUGCAGCCCGUGUACGAAACAUCCAGGUGGGGAAAACAACAAUACGAUCGAAGCGCAAACGCCAUGAAUUCCAAUUUCUUAAAGGAUUACAUGGACUUGGACGAGUUCCUGGCCGUCAAGGAUUUGUGUACUGGCCUCUCACGGACCGAAAGUGAUUACUCGGAGGACGAAAUAGAUCAGGACAUUGCCAAUCUUGUGGGCGAUGAAGAUAACACUACCAUCUACGGUUUGCCGUCUUCCCAGUUCAAUACUCCACAGCUAUCUCCCAGUUGCUUUGGCAGUGAUACAGACGAAGGAAGAGGUGAGAGUGUCAGCUCUGAAAAUGUUGCUUCCUUGAGCUCCAGCGAGUCGCUCAAUUCAAACGAAAACGACAACAAGGUGGUGCCGCGGAAGAGGAAGAGAAAAUCUGCAGCAAAUGAUACGGCGACUCAGAAAGCAGCGCCGAGGAGGAGACGGAGAAAGACGGAAAACGCCGACAAGAAAGCGGCGAGUGGUGCUUCAGCACCAAUCGUGAACGAAGGUGAAACGUCUAAACUCGUUGGGCUAUGCCAGAGAGGUUCCCGGCAAUCAGUGGACGACGAAGCGAAAGAUGACAAGUACUGGGAAAGGCGGCGAAAAAACAAUCAAGCAGCGAAAAAAUCACGAGAUCUAAAGAGACAGAAAGAAAUGUGCGUUGCGGAAAAAGCGGCAUUACUGGAAGAGGAGAACAGACAGUUGCGCGAGGAAGUUAAAAAACUUAAAGAGUACCUCAAAACUCUGGACAACAAAAUUGGAUGAAUCUUGUGCCAACUGAAAAUAAGUUAUCGAAAAGGCCUAGUUAUGUUAAGUUUAAUAUAAAAUAUUGUAAAUAGUUGUGUAGAAAUCAGGUUCACCUCUAGAAGGGGCAGGAGUGGGAAGUAAGGGGGGGGGGGUGGAAGGGGUCAGUCCCAUAUAAAGGGGAAUUGGGUGAUAAUCAUAUUAAUGGCUUGUUACAACUUAGAACUUAAAUAUCUUACAUGACUACUUGGAAUUAUUCUGAUACCUUUCAAAAUAUGAUGAAAUCAGAGACUUCCUGGAUGACAAGAUUAAAAUCUGAAAGAUAGACUUCAGUCAGUUUUGAAAAUCUGAAUUUGUGACUCAUUCCAGAGAAUGCCCCCCCCCCCUCCCAGCCCCCAGCAAAGAGGCAAAAGGAAUGCAAAAUAAUCAGACUCACUACCUGGUUGUUUCUGCAAUCAGCAAUUUGCUAGUUACCUCUGAGACACUCUUUUCUAGUGAUCACCCUUGUCACUUUAAUGUGGGAGUCCUUACAAUGAAGAAGCCAGUGAGGGUGGGGCAGCACUUCUGGGAAAAUUUUCAUGGAGGUGUUGAAACCCUUUCCCUAUUUCUAGCCAAAACUUAUCAUUUUCCAUACAUUUUCCAGACUGUAGAUGUAUUGCACAAGUGAAUUGCGAGGGAGUUACUAGGGUGCUUGUGACCCACUGGUUGUAAAGAAUAAAUAACAAAAAUCGCUAAUCCAUGAAAUUAAACAUGCUAAAAUUUAGUGGGCACAUUUUUAAUAUUUGUUUCCAAUGGAGAAUUAUUCUGGAAUUGCAUUUCCAAAUUUUCAAGAGAAGGUAGGGGUGGGGUGGGAGCAUGAUAUUAGUAUUGCAACUACAUGCUAGCAUAGGACCUUCUCUGAGAGAAUCCUGCCUACACUCCUGUAAUUUCACACCACAACCAUUGAUAACUUGAAAUAAUAUACUGUCUUGACGGUCUUAUCAAAAAAAUAAACUUAAAAUGCUUAUAUUUGCACUAAUUCCCAAGAGAGGUAUAGAGAAGAUAGGAGUUAAUCAUUGUCAGUUGGUGAUUCAUUCAGCAAUUAAAAUGUAAAUAGAAUUAAAUUCCAAGAAUAUAUAAACAUUUUUCUACAUGUAUCCAAAAAUGUGAUUCCAAGAAUCUUUUGAGGUGCUUAUAUUACCGUCAUGAUACUCUUGCAUAUACACUUCUAAAAUAUGGCUUGGGCCUUGAGAUCAAUAAAAUUCAUUAUUAUGUGUGUUAUAGCUAAACUUAUCAUUUUCUUGGUAUCUGUGAUAGCAAACUAAUAUUGUGUUUCAUGUAUUUGUUUAGUGAGGUUGGUAAAGGAUGUGAACACAAACUGAGCUUUAGCAUUCUUUUUUUUUUUUUUUGCAUGAAACAAAUAACCACCUUUGUUCAUGAUAUGCUUGGGUAAACAGCUGUAAGUCAAGAUUUACUUGUGUGGCAGGCAUAGCCUGAGCUCAACUCCACUGGGAGUGCCAAGCUCAGAAUUGCCCAGUAAACAGUAAGUUAUUUUGCGUCUCUUCAUUUCAGCAUUUGGACAAGUUUAAGCUUGAACUGCUAUUAAUUUGACUUAAAUGACAAGAAUCUAGUUUUUAGUUGGGUGUCAACUGAUUUUUCUGGCUUCAACCCAUAAUACAUUAUUUUGAAUGGUCAUGAACUGGGAUAAAACUUUUAAUUUUCCACAAGAUGUAAACUCAACUCCCUUUACCACCCUCACAUUAAUAUGUUUUAUAUUGCAGUACUUUUACAUGAUGUGCUAUAUAUUAUAUUGCAUUCUUCCGUUCGUUAGAUGAACAUGUUUUCAUAGAAUGUUCAUUCACUCUCCAAGAAAAAUAAUAAAGAUUAGUUUUGAUUUAAA